AUGCAGGAGAGAGCAGACUCUAAUGAACCUGACUUGCCAGUUCCUGGCUGUCCUCCUGAUUGGACUCGGUUGGACUCUCGUUGCUUCAUCUUCCAAAACACUGAGAGGAAUGCGGGAGAUGCAGAGAGAGUCUGCAGCUCUCUUGGUGGGAACCUGGCCUCGAUCCACCGUGCUGAGGAACUCAUGUUACUUAAGGAACUAAUUUACAAAAGGUCUGGCUCAUACUCAAGAGCCUGGAUUGGAUGCCAUGACGGAGUAAAGGAAGGAAUGUGGAUGUGGACUGAUGGCUCAAAGUUUGACUACCAAGCCUGGGGUCCUGGGGAGCCCAACAACAAUGGAAGAACAGAACACUGUGUAGAGAUGAACUGGAGAGAGCAAUACUGGAAUGACAUCCCGUGCAACGUUGGCAGACCUUUUGUUUGUGCAAAAGACUUGUGA